AUGGAGGUGACAUUAGUUGGCGCCCAGAGUAAUUUGUCCACCAUUGUAAACUCUUCGACUUCAGCCUCUGGGCCCAUGAAUGAGCUAUUGAUGACAAUGUUGUUCGGGAUCAUUCUGAGCAUCAUGUGUUUGACGGGAGUUGUAGGUAAUGUCUACGUCUUGGUGGUGAUGAAUUUUUCCAUGAGGUUUACUGGAUCCAUGUAUGCUUAUAUAGUGAACUUGGCUUUAGCUGACCUCCUUUACCUCACCACCAUCCCCUUUGUAGUGUGCACCUACUUCAUGAAGGACUGGUACUUUGGAGAACUUGGCUGUAGGUUCCUCCUCAGCUUGGACUUUCUGACCAUGCAUGCCAGCAUCUUCACCUUAACUGUCAUGAGCACGGAGAGGUACCUAGCAGUGGUGAAACCCCUAGCUACUUUCAGGAAAAGCAGUCGUUACAGGAGGAUCAUUAUUAGUGCAGUUUGGCUGACUUCCUUUCUGCUUGCCCUUCCUACGAUGAUAAUGAUAGAUCUCAGACAAUUUGUCAGGAAUGGGACAAUAAAACGUAUGUGCCACUCUACGUGGCCACGACACACAUACAGGAUCUAUCUAACUGUGCUUUUUAAUACUAGUAUACUGGCUCCGGGGAUAGUAAUUGGAUUCCUGUACAUUAAGUUAACCCAUACUUACUGGAUAUCCCAGAGCAGAAAUUUCAACAUCAAGGAAGUGAAGAAGGCCCCUAAGCAGAAGAUCCUAUAUAUGAUUUUUGGUAUUAUCCUAACAUAUUGUAUCUGCUUUUUGCCUUUUUGGGUAUGGCAAUUGUUCAUUCUCCAUUUCAAGGAACCCAUCAACCUUUCUCCCAAAACCUUUGCCUUUGUUAAUUUGUUUGUGACUUGCCUGGUGUACUGCAACAGUUGCAUCAACCCUUUCCUCUACACCUUACUGACAAAAAAUUACAAAGAAUACCUGAGAAACCAAAAGCCAAACCCCACAAAGUCUUCACAAAGGAACUGCCAGAGGAUUUUAUCCCAAAGAUCACUGUCUUCUGGGAAUCAGCAGUGCACUGAGAACCUAUCGCACAAUUAAAAAGAGCUGUAGAGGAGGCUAAUACCAUUUAAUAUGCGAGUAUACAUGUGAAAUUUAUUUUUAAAAUUAUUUUGUUUGUCUAUUAACCAUAUUUUUUCAGACCACAGCCAUCGAUAUAUCUGUUAUUCCCGUUUGCACCUUUUCCAAAGAUAUCCUUCUGUGUUUUUACUUGUCCCAUUUAGAUCAUUUGC